AUGAAAAAAAUAAUUUCUAUAGGGCUUACAUCCCUGGUAUUAAUUACAAAUGUAUUUGCUGGAGCAAAAGUUUCUAGUCAAAACGUCUUCGUCGACGGAAAGGACACAGGCGUUAAGGGCUACAACAUUGCCGAUAACAACUACUUUAAGUUAAGAGACAUUGCAGCUCUUCUUGAUGAAAAGGACGCUGAGUUUAAUGUUUCUUACGACAGCGACAGAGAAGCUGUCAUCAUCACUAGCAAGUCUGACUACAAUAAAACUGAAAAUGAUCUUGCACCUUUAAAGGACAGCGACAGUGAAAUAAAAAGUUCAACUCACAAGGUUUUUGUAAAUGGAGUUAGACAUUCUUUUAGCGUUUACACAAUUGACGGCUACAAUUAUUUUCAAUUGAGACAACUUGGCAAGACAAUUGGUUUCGAUGUUAACUUCGACGAAACAAAUAACUCUGUCCUAAUUAAUUCAAAAUCAAUUCCUGGUCGCUCCCUUGUUAACAACCAAGUCAAUGUUAACAUUGUUGACUACGUAACUGACUACGAAGAAAAGAACUUAGACAUUUUAAAGGACCCUCUUCUUGACAUUUCCAAAUUUCUUGCUAAUAUAAAGAACGAAGUACUUGCAACAUCUGAAGAAGGCAAGCUAAGUGGAGAGUCAAUCUAUGUUAAGUCAGAAAAUAUUGUUGAAGUCCUACCAACUUCUGCCAAGUACCAUGGCAAGCUAGUUUACACUCCUUAUAUGAAGAUUGAACAAGGAGAUAAGUCGGAAGUAUUCCCUUAUGAAAAGGGAUUUGAAGUUGCAAAAACUUUAACAUCAAAGGGCUUCGACUCCACAAGUGAAUUUGAAAUUAGCCUUGGAACAAAAAACAAGGAUCAUUUUGUUAAGUACUCAUCUUUUAAGUAUAAAUAA